AACACAGAGCUAAGAGCUAAAGCAGAGAGUUCGUCUUACUUUUCUACAAUCUACUUAAAAUUAUCUGUUUAUUUAUAAUUUCAUUUUUCAAUGCAAUUUAAUUAAAUAUAAUCGAAAGAUCAAAAUAUUGGAGGCAGUCGCUCAUCUCUUCAAACAUGGCCUUAUGGAUCAAACCCAAAAUUCCUCUGAGAACAAGAAGGAUGUCUCUAGGAUCUAAUAGAUUUGUUCAAGAAAUUGCUCUACGUGAAAAUUUUCUGGAAGGUUCUUCUAGAAGUUAUGUUACUUCUACCAAAAAUGUUAAGACAGGCAUUUUGAUGUUGAACAUGGGGGGUCCAAGUACUCUCGAUGAAGUGGAAGCAUUUCUGACCAGAUUAUUCACAGACAAAGAUAUAAUACCUUUACCAAUGCAGAGCAAAUUAGGCCCACUUAUAGCAAGAAGACGAACUCCCACAGUUAAGCAAAAAUAUAGCGAAAUAGGAGGAGGAUCACCUAUUCUUCGCUGGACUAACACUCAGGGGAAGCUGAUGUGCGAAUUAUUGGAUAAAAUAAGUUCAAAGACUGCUCCACAUAAGCAUUAUGUGGGAUUCCGUUAUGCUGAACCUUUAACAGAAGACACUUUGGCUGCUAUGGAAUGUGAUGGUGUUGAACGGGCAGUUGCAUUUUCACAGUAUCCUCAAUACAGCUGUAGUACUUCAGGCAGCAGUUUUAAUGCUAUUUAUAGAUAUUAUCAAAAGAAAGAUACUUCUUUGAAAUGGAGUUUUAUCGAUCGUUGGCCUACUCAUCCUCUUUUGGUUAAGUGCUUUGCAGAUCUUACACUGAAUGAAAUAAAUAAGAUCCCUGCUGAAGAUCAAAAGAAUAUGGUUAUUUUAUUUACAGCACAUGCUCUACCAAUGCAGGCUGUGAACCGGGGAGACCCGUACUCGGCAGAAGUCGCUGCUACAGUUUUGGCAGUCAUGAAAGAGUUAAACUGGAAAUAUCCUUACAGACUUGUAUGGCAAUCAAAAGUAGGUCCAACUGCUUGGUUAAGUCCUCAAACUGAUGAUGCUAUCAAAGGCUAUGUUAACAAAGGAAAGAAAAACAUUGUACUGGUUCCGAUUUCUUUUGUCAAUGAUCAUAUAGAGACACUUCAUGAAUUGGAUAUCGAAUAUGGUACAGAACUUGCCCAGAAGAUUGGAGUGAAAAAUUUUCAAAGAGUUCCUGCUCCCAAUGAUCAUCCACUUUUUAUUCAAGCUCUCGCUGACGUUGUACUAACACAUUUUAAAACAGGUGAAGUUUGUAAUCCUCAAUUGUUACUUAGAUGUCCCCUCUGUACUAAAGCUUCCUGUCACAAAACAAAAGAAUGGCUCUCUCAUUGCUGUCAGAAACUGUAAAUUUUUAUUUUAUUAAAGAUUUUUGACUAUUC